AUAAUUGGUGGUUCGAAGGUUAAUAUAAUUGUAUGUUAUUUGUUUUUAUUUAAUGAGUUACAUGUUCUCGACUGUGAUUCUAAAAUUGAUAUCAAUCACUUUAUUUCACUGAUACAUACUGGUGAAUAGGCUAAUCACGGGAAGGUAUAACAUUUAUCACCUAAAAAUAACAUGGGGCGUGUCAGCAGUGACGACCAGUUAAGUGAGAUGUUUCCACGAAGGAUGUCCAAGAUUUGCAGUCUGUCAAGGAGAUUUAGGAAACUCUGUUUUAUCCUGUUACUUAUGGUUCUCGUUAACGCCGUCCUCCAGAACCUAUUGGCCCACAACGGCACUGAUGGGAGAAGACAAGACCUCGUCGAUAAGUCGUUUAGGAACCUCAGCAAUGGCCCUCGUGCAGCAGGGCCUCGGAGGAAGGCCGUGGUUCUCUUCUCGAGAUGGCGCAGCGGUUCUACGUUCAUGGGGGAGCUGCUGAAAAAGGCCGGCAGAGGGAUCUUUUAUAGUUACGAGCCCCUCUAUGAUUACGGCGCCCACGUUCUCUACGAAGACAUUGAAGAGACUCGCAUGGCCGUGGAGGAGGUGAAGCACAUUUUGCGCUGCCAAUUCGACUUCGGCAAAAUCGAGGAGAUUCUGCGGUCGAACCCCCUCCUGCGCGAAGCUUGCGAGACGAGCGGCUAUUGCAAAGACGUGAACCACACGGCCGAGCUGUGUCGAAGGUCGAGUCUGCACGUGGCUAAGGUGCUGCGCUUGGGACUUCAGUGGGCGCGACCUCUGCUGGAGAUGGAGGACGUCGAAGUCAAGCUUAUCUAUUUGGUUCGUGAUCCUCGGGCGGUUCUCAGUUCACGAGCGAGAGUCGCCUGGUGUUCUACCCCGACCUGCAAGGACGUAGAGAUGGUCUGUUCCCUGCUGGAGGAUGACCUGCUAGAAGCAUCCCUCCUGCAGGAGGAUUACCCUACAAGGUUCCACCUCAUCCACUACGACGAGUUCUGCCAGACUCCCUUCGCCGCCCUUCAGAAACUCAUGACCUUCCUCGGCCUCCCGGUGACGAGAGACCAAAAGAAGAUCCUCCAGUCCAAGCUUCCUUCCAGGGACCCCUUGUCCAUCUACAAGAACAGCUCGGCGCAGGCCCAGCUGUGGCGAACGAGGACCUCCUUCACCGGGGUCGUCAUGCCCGUCCAGCGCUGGUGUUGGACGUCGCUGCAGAACCUGGGUCUGAGGAUGUUUUUCUCGGAGAAGAACCUCGCUAACUUGUCUCUCCCUGUCCUUCUGCAGCCUGGAGAAUCUGACGACUUCAAACUUGUAGUAUAAAGGACGUUCGCGGUCUCGCGUGAUUAAACUGAGACUCUUUCUUUUUGAUAAUAUGUAUUAUGCCAUAUUGAUAGAUAAAGUUAGUCUAUAUAGUUGGUCACCAAUGUAUUCAGUUUCCUUUUAAUGCCAUUCUCUUUUGAUUACGUGGAAUGCCUUUUGCUUUAAAUUAUGUGAUACACCAAUGUAACGUUUCGAAGCAGUCGACUUAUUAAACGUUAAUUCAUUUUA